AUGGUCUACUCACUGACCUAUCGACGACCGUCGCAUGUCUCGAGCUCUGGCGAUUCCCUUAGCGGCGAGGAGAAGCAGAAGUCUGUCAAUGAGUCCCUCUCAUCAGGGAGCUCGGGCAUGAGCCAUGGCAUACCUGAAGCACUCUCCUUCGAUCGCAUCAUGUCUGGUGGCACCUGUCCGCCCUGCACUAUCCGGGACUUCAUGAACUACCUUCGGUACAUCGAGUAUGCUCCGGAGAACCUCCAGUUCUUCCUUUGGCUUCGCGACUACUCCUCACGCUUCUCACAACUGUCGCCGAGUGAGGCCGUUCUGUCCCCAGAAUGGACCCAGGCACAAGCAGAGGCGGAAGCUGCCAUGCAGGCAUCGUCGAACAAGCCAGUGAAGAGAGUCAACCCAGAAGUCGCAGAGGUGUUUAGAGGUACCGACUUCGCGGUGGACGGAAAGCCGAAAGCCAUCGACAACAGCGAUCCAUUCGCGACACCGGGUAAGACGCCGUCUCUCGAAGACAAGCGAGAAGAGAUGUCCGAGUACGGAUCAUCUUCUGGGGACCGGACCGUGCAGAGCAACAGCACCCAUCGAUCAACCGCAGAUCAAGCAUUCGAGGAUGCCGGCAUGAAGGUCAAGCCUUUCUCUCCACAACCAUACCGCGAUGAGGUCGCCCGCAUCAUCAGCAUCUACAUCGCCGAAGGGAGCCCUCGCCAACUCAACCUUUCCGGCCGCGAGCGAACAGCAGUCCUGCACGCCUUACAGCAAACUACCCACCCGUCAGCCUUCCGCAUCCUCGCAAAGACCGUCGAAUACUCGCUCCGCCACCAAGCACACCCCAACUUCGUCCGCUGGACCAUUUGCAACGGCAACCGCCCUCGUGUGGUCUUUGCACGUGGUCUCGGCAUCGCUGGCAUUCUCGGCGGACUCAUCGCCGACCUCAUCAUCACUCUCAGCUCCGCCAGCCGACCAUGGCGUGUCAUCCCAUUCAUCGGCUGGUUCAUCGGCAUCGCCACCCUCAUUGCCGCGUGGAAGGGCAUGUGCGUCGUUCUUCACGGCAUGCACCACCGCCACGUGCGACCAUGGGAGCUCUUCACCGAUGAGACGGAUGAAGUCCUGGACGAGAAGGCCGGGUCGCAGGAGAGUCUACUUAGCACGUCAACCAACUCAUUCGAAGACGAGCCGUGGAUUGCGCGAUACAAGAAACGCAACGUCAUCCGCAAGAUCUUCGACCGGGAAGUCUGGAUCCAGGAGCCGGCGUUGAGGCAGAUCCAGGACACGAUCUUCUUACAGGCGAUUCUUGGGGCCUUCGUGCUGUCGUGCAUCUGCGUCGGGGUCUUCUGCGCUGUGCCUCGAGGAGGCUUCUUCUAA